ACACUGCAUAUGAUAGAUUACUAAAGUGAAAGUGACUUUAAAAUGUGAACAAGAGCCAAAACGCACGAGUUAUUGCUGGUAACUAACUGCUACAGUUGCACUCAUGUGAUGACAGAAUCAUCAAAUUUAUAGCAAACCAAACCAGUCCCAUUUUUUUGUUUUGUCCAUGACUAUUUUGUCUAGAAAGAUAUACAUUAACCAAAGCAAUCAGCUUCCAUUAAUCAUUGCUUCAUAAGUUUCAGAUCUAACUGUAGCAAACUUUCAAAGCUCCUAUAAUAUAUAUUUUGUAUAUUUCAGUUUUCUCAAAACUUAAUUUUACUUGUAGGUUUCAAAUGAGCAAUGCAAGAAUAAUAUCCUUCUACAUUGCAAUAAGUUGUCUUGCAUUCGUUACUUCAAAAAUCAUAAUAUCAGUUCUUCUCUACAAGAGAUGGAAACGAAAGCACAUGUCAGUUCAAGACAGCUACUCAGGAGGGAAAAUGGUGAUUUUCCGGCAUUCAAGAACGAAAUCGCUAAAAGCAGAUGCAUUUUUGAAGAAGACACUGAAGUUAAGCAACAAAGAUAUUAUUGGGUCUGGAGGUUAUGGAACUGUGUAUAAACUAGUGAUAGAUGAAGAAACAUCAUUUGCAGUUAAGAGGCUUAACAGGGGAAGUCCAGAUCUAGACCGUGGAUUCGAGAGAGAAUUAGAGGCAAUGGGUGAUAUAAAGCACAGAAACAUUGUUACUCUUUAUGGAUAUUACACUUCCCCUCAUUAUAAUCUUCUGAUAUAUGAGCUCAUGCCUAAUGGAAGUCUUGAUGCAUAUUUAUAUGGCAGAUCAAACAAUAAGAGGCAUUUAGAUUGGUCUUCAAGAUAUAAAAUAGCAUUAGGAGCAGCAAGAGGAAUAGCAUACCUGCACCAUGAUUGCAUACCUCACAUCAUCCACAGAGAUAUCAAAUCGAGCAACAUCUUGCUGGACGACAAUAUUCAGGCUCGAGUUUCAGACUUUGGGCUAGCUACUUUCAUGGAACCCGAUAAGACUCAUGUUUCAACUGUUGUUGCUGGCACUUUUGGUUACUUAGCCCCAGAAUACUUUGACACAGGGAAAGCAACAGCAAAAGGGGAUGUUUAUAGCUUUGGAGUCGUGUUGUUGGAACUUUUGACAGGAAGAAAGCCAAUAGAUGAAGCAUUUCUUGAGGAGGGAACAAAGCUUGUUACCUGGGUAAAGGCAGUCGUCCAGGAGAAGAGAGAAAAGGAUGUCCUUGACAGUAGCUUGGAGUCCUGCCCCAUCAAAGAAGUAAACUCCGUUUUUAGCAUUGCAUUAAUGUGCUUAGAAACAGAGCCAUUAAAGAGACCAACAAUGGCUGAUAUUGUCAAAAUGCUAGAGAAAGCAAAAUCAGACGGAAAGGCUUCAGAUGUUUCAUCACAAACUGUUGUGUGAAAGUAAUAGAAGUAGAUAAUAGCAGUGUUAAGUAUUUGUACUCCUCAGUACCAACGGAUUUGAAAUUAGACUAGAAUCAUCAUAAUUCUAAACUUUGUUCAAACUGAUACUGUGAUACAUGAAAAGGCUAGACCACAGAAUUUGGCCUUCACA